AUGAAGGCACCGGAUUCGUCUCGUGACGGGCAGACCGAGCGCCGAGCGAGAAAGACGGAGCAGCGACGCAAGCGGCGGCAGGCCGAGCGCGGGUCGACCGACCCCGAAGUCGUCGCCAAGCGCAGGUGCAGCAAAAUUCCGGAGACCAUCGGCAAGAACCAUCGCGGCAAGAAGCCGCGAUGGUUCAGCUCGGAGGAGGAGACUUCGCGGAGCCGUUCGAGAUCCCGGGCGUCGCGGAGCCGUUCACGGAGCCGGUCACGGUCCUUCCCGCCCCUGCCGCCCCUGGCCAUUAAGGGAGCAGGCCAGCUGCAGCAGCAGCAGCAGAAGAAGAAGACGAAGAAGGAGCCUACCCGAAAGAGCGGCGGCGUCAAGGUGAGCUGGGGAGCCGAAAACCCUUGGUUUGCUCCGCACUCGGGUGAGGUAGCUAACGAAAAGAACAACACAAACAGCCACCGCGAACAGCCUAGACAGGAGGACGCGGAGAAAAUAGCGCUGAGACGUGAAUUAGAGCUAUCACGCGCUAAGCAGAAAGAGCUAGAACGCCAAAUAGCAGAGCUAACGAAGGCAGUGCGAGACCUUAGGUCGAACAGCCCUACGCAGCCACAGACCGUACAAACCCAAGCCCCAUGGCAAGCAGGCAACGAGGAUUUCGCCACGUUUAAAGCAGAGAUUCAGCAAAUGAUGCAGCAGAUGAUGCAGAAACAGCAGCAACAAAUGCAGCAAGUGCAAUUACAAGUCACAGAGCUCCGGAGCAGCAUCCGCAAGCAGAAGUUUACCGAGAACAUUAGAGAGAAGGCCUACCACCGCCCCGCGCUGGCAUCCCUCGCCGACACAUCCGCAAACAACACCGAGGCUUAA